CCCACCCCAUUUUUGGGUACUGCAAAUUGCAUUUGUUCAGAAAGAAAAGUUACAAGUGCAGCAACUAUCUCCAGGAUGGCAUGGAUUUCUCAAACAUGUUCUUUCAUUCUGUUAUUUUCUUCAGUUUCUAGUGAAUGUGUGUCUGAAAUCUACGAAAACACAUAUUUUGAAGGAGGAGAUAUCUCUAAGGUUUAUGCUCCCAAUGCAGACUACUGCCAAAUGGUGUGCACGUAUCACCCAAAGUGUCUAUUAUUUUCCUACUUUCCAGGAGACUGGGUGAAAGAUACUGGAAGGUUUGCAUGCUUCCUGAAAGAAACUGAUACUCAAGCGUUGCCAAGGAUACCCAGCAAAGGGGUCAUCUCUGGACAUUCCCGGAAACAAUGUCCUCGAGUCACUGCUUGCAGCAAGGAAAUCCAUGAAGGGUUGGAUAUGCGAGGAGAAAACUACAAUAUAACCACUGAAGACAGCUAUGACCACUGCCAAAAAAGAUGCACCAAUGAGAAUCACUGCCAUUUUUUCACAUACACCACAGCUUCAUUUCACGAUGCACGUUUCCGCAAUAAAUGCUACUUGAAAUAUAGUGCCAAGGGAACACCAACCAGUAUGAGGUAUCUCCGUGGCGUUAUGUCAGGAUUCUCAUUAAAGGCCUGUCAACUUGCCAAUACAGAAUGUCGGAUGGACAUUUUUCAGAUGGUGUUUUCUGGUGUUACGGUUGCAAGAGUUCUGACACCUGAUGCCUUUGUAUGCAGAACAAUUUGUACUUACAACCCAGGCUGCUUAUUCUUUACCUUUUAUGGUAGUGAUGGAGAUGUAAAAAACCCAAAAUUUACUUGCCAAAUGAUGAAAUCGAGAAAUGGCACACCAGAGAGUUUUGUAGAAAGACGAGUUAUGUCAGGUUUCAGUCUUCUAAACUGCCGGAGUGCUACACCAGCCUGUCAUUUUACGACUCACAACAAUUUAAACUUUCUGGGGGAGCAAGUGAAGGCAGACUAUGUCAAAGGAAUCAAGGAAUGCCAACAGCUUUGCACAGACACAGUCCGCUGCCAGUUUUUUACUUAUGAUCCAGACCCAACAUUGUGCAACCGAGAAGGCAAAUGUAAAUGCUACUUAAGAAUGACUGCUGAUGGGGCACCGAAUAAAAUUGUGAUUGAGGCGGGAAAGGUUUCCGGCUAUUCUUUAAGACUGUGUCAGGUUAAAGACAACCCCGUAUGUGUGCAGCAAUCUGUGGCAAAUAAUCGGAUUGUUGGAGGAACAAAUUCAUCUUCUGGAGAAUGGCCCUGGCAAGUCAGUUUGCAUGCAAAGUUAUCUCUUCAGAGUCAUCUGUGUGGUGGUUCAAUCAUCAGCGACCAAUGGAUAGUGACUGCAGCCCAUUGUGCAGAAGACCUUCUGGUAACGGAUGUUUGGCGUGUUUAUGCGGGCAUUUUGAAGCAGUCGGAAAUAAAUAAAGAUACCCCCUUCUUCAGAGUUCAAGAGAUUAUUGUCCACCCUAAGUAUGAGCUAUCAGAGACGGGAUAUGACAUCGCUUUAAUGAAACUGGACAGGCCGAUGAACUUCAGUGCUUUACAGCAACCUAUAUGCUUACCAUCUGAAGACAGAAUGAAUACAGAAUUCACCAACUGCUGGGUGACUGGAUGGGGUUACACAAAAGAGAGAGGUGAGAUACAAGAUGCUCUGCAAAAAGUCAGCAUCCCCCUAAUAUCCAAUUUAGAAUGCCAGUCACGAUACCAAGAACACAGGAUAACUGACGAGAUGAUGUGUGCUGGCUACAGAGAAGGUGGCAGGGAUGCUUGUAAGGGAGAUUCAGGUGGUCCUCUCUCAUGUAAACAUCAGGGAAGCUGGUAUUUGGUUGGUGUUACCAGCUGGGGUGAGGGAUGUGCUCGUGCAGGUCAACCGGGAGUUUACACUAAUGUGGCUAAGUUUGUAGAGUGGAUUCUCGAAAAAGCAUCAUAAAAAAAAAUGUCCAGUGACCUAAACGUAUGGAAGAGGACCGAAGAUGAUGUCAGACAAGCAGCUCUGGAAUUCUCUGAGAAAUCUCUGAGAGGUUCUGUGAACUUGUGGUUUUUGAAAAGGCUAGUUAGCAAGAUUGAAACAAAGACUGAACUCACUUGACCUGUUGCAUGCAAUAAAAAUAAUAACCCCCAAAGUGGCAAAUGCCUUUCACCCUGGUGCUAAUAUUGAAACUGACCGGUGUGUAUUCAAGUUACAAAGGGGGAAUGAAUGUACUUGAGCCAAUCACUGCUUGACAAAUGCAUGUCCCACUGUUCUAAUGGGCGUGUCUAAGUUUUUUUUAAUCCUACAUGGAUAUUGUCCACACCUAAGCAUAAAAGAUUUCAGUGCGUUUUGGCAAGCAUAACUCUACAAAGUCUUAAAUGCAAUAUUUAAGACUCGUGGAUUUCACCAUGAUGCUGAUGUUGACUGCUCAGCUGGAUCUAUAUCGCCAACUCAAUGCUCCUGGGUGGCUUGCAACAAAAUCCUAAACACACAACAUACGGUGAGAAUCAAAUCAGUGACAAAAUACAGAAAAGAAAAGUUCUUCCAUCAAAGCAGCAUAAAAAACCCCUACAGCCUGGAUUUAAGGCACAAUUUAAAUGCCUGGUUGAAUUAAAAGUUAUUUGCCUGAUGCCAAUAAGGGGCACACACAAAAGGUGCUCUGUGAGCUUCAUUGAGGAGGCUGUUCCAUAGGUGCAUUUCAUUUCCUCUGGACUGCACUAGAUUCCUGAAAAAAUAUCCACUGCAACCACUCAUUUUUUUUGAUACCUUUAAAUUACCUUGCCAAGCUAAACUCUCUCUCUCUCUCGCUAACUGCAGUUACAGAGGGAGGGAAAAACAACAGCCAAGCAUUGAUUCAUAUAAGUAAAAACUAACCAAAAAGUGGACCAUCAUAUUUUGCAUGAGACUGAGCUUUAUUUUGUGCAGAACUUUCAUGGGAAGGGGGAAAUGUAUGCCAAGCAAUAGGUCUCCUCUUUCUUCUUUCCUGAAGCAGUUGCUUUUCAUUAGUAUGUAAAAUAGCACUUCCCUUUUGGGUAGUUCCACACCCUCAUAAGUUUAGUGGUGGUGGUGGUGCCCCAGAAAUGGGCAAUCUCUGUGGCAGCCCCUAAGUUAUGAAAUUCCCUCUCCAUUGCAUAGUUCUUGCCCUACGCUGAAGACUUUUUACCCAGGCCUUUGACACCUGAGAUAUAUGUUUUUGGGACUCAUGCUAUUCUUUUGAUUGUAAAUUGUUUUCAUUGCUUUUAAAAUUGUAUUUUUACAUUGCUGUAACCUGACCUUAUAGUGAAGGCGGGUAAGAAAUCAAAUGAAAAUAAAUACUAAUAACCAGCUUUGACCAGCAGGUGAGAAAUCCUACAAAUAAAUUUAAAGGGGAAAAAAAUCUAAACUGAGCCUGUGAUGAGAGGAGGGGCGGUUUUAUUUGUGGGUGACUGGGGUGUGAACAAUCCUUACUGAAGUACUCCUGCAGUGCAGGAAAAUGGAGAAAAUCAGCAGGUGAAAAAUUAUAAUUUUCCAGUUAUUAAAUAUGGUGGUAUUGGGAAAGUGGUGCAUCCCGCCUGAUCUUGAGGAAAGUUGUUCAGAUCCCAUUCAAAAAACAAGUAGUACAAAGAGGGGGGGGGGUGAUCGUGUAGAAAGGCACAAGGAAUUGGUGUUGAGUAUAUGAAAGAAACCUAUAUUCUGAACAAGUCUGCCAGUAGCAGACUACAGAUACAGACUAACAAUGCCCUCGUUUCCCCAUUAUGGGGAUUUAUCUGGCACAUUUUGUGAUGAGAUGUGAGGUCACUUGCUUUUGGUGAUACUACAACUAGAAAGCUGAUACAGAGUAGUCUGUUGCUUUCAGACACAUCCCCCACAGUUUUCCUUGUAUGCAGCCUGUUGCAUUGCGUGGACCUUUGCUUCAUCACUUUUCUGAGAAGAAGCCUAUUUUUUGUCUCCAUUCUUCACAAGUAUUUCAUAAUGAAGGCAGCAGAUGAGAGAUAUAGUUCAUUGCCAGCCAGCACCAUGACCAACAAAGUCAUCCAGAAAAUCUAAACACAUGAUGAAACUAGUGACUCAGGUACAUUAGUAAAGAAAAUGUUUUUAUAUGUGUUAUAGGGUAGAGCUUUAGGGCAUCAAAUGUUCCACAGCUGCAGGAUGGAGAGACAGUGAAUCUCCAUCUUCUACAUCAGUGUGGGAGCUCCAACGUAUCCCUAGGCCCAUAGGAUAUCCUCCUAUGUCACCAGUGUGGUAUAGUGGUUAAGAGCGGUAGACUCAUAAUCUGGAGAACCGGGUUCGCGUCUCCGCUCCUCCACAUGCAGCUGCUGGGUGACCUUGGGCUAGUCACACUUCUUUGAAGAAUAUGUAAUCCUGUUUUCUAUCUGAGAUGCAGAGCUAUUUUGGGCACACAAAACUGACUCCAGGAAUCCCCAAGUGCUUAGACAUGCCAAGUAGAAUUGAUGACUUUUCCCCCUCUCAGGGCUUAUCCACACUUUGUAUUCUACUGCUUUCUCUUGGGGAAAACCUCUAUCUAGUGAUUGGCUCAAACAGCAAUUCAGGUUUCAUUUGUUCCAAUCUAUCGCCGAAGAGUGGGUUUUUCCUUGGAAAGGAGUAGGGCAAGGGGGAAACUGCUCAGACCCAUGCCUAGAAAGUGACGUGUGGGUCAAGCAGAAAGCCGCUCAGACUCACACUUUCUAGGUAUAGCACAAACAAAAGUUGGGGUGAGCCCUGAAAGAAAGACCACCUUGCCAUUUUGGAAACUACUUUUGCCCCUAUCCCACAUAUCAAAUAGCACCCAGUAUGGUAGGCUGCCAUUCAAGUAAGGAAAGUCCAAAGCUCACUUUGGUAUGCAGACAUACUUGUUCAGUUCUUUGGACCAAACCUAAAAGUCUAGAAAGACUUCAAAAAAGAAAACUAAAUGUUCUAAUACUGGCAAGUGAGGAAAUAUUAUUGUGGUGUAGGAAAUAAGGUUUACAACAGGAUACAGACUAGACUUUAAAGGCACAUUUUGUCAGACACCUGUACCAUGGAGACUGCUAAAAUACUGCUUUACAUUCCACUUCCCCACUAAAGUAUUUUGGCUUUUAAAUUAGCUUGUCUCUUCCCAUCUAGCAAAAUUGUUUCUCUUCCAAUAAAGAUGCUUACCUUUCCUUGCCCUCAAAAGAACUUUUCUUUAAGAGAGAUCAAAGCCUAAAAGUCAUUAAAAUGUCUUUU